AUGGCCGCCCGCAAGCGGCCUGCCGCAGUCCUCGACGCCGGCCACGCCACCACGACGGCGCCUCAACAAUCGCCGGCUUGCUGCAAGAGGAGCCGCACCAGAAUCAGGAGCACCGCGGAGUACGACGAGGAGACCCGCCUCGGCGAGGGCGGCUUCGGCUGCGUCCUCCUGGCGCGCCACCGCGACACCCGCAGGAUCGUCGCCAUCAAGUACCUCUACUGGCCGGAGGGGUCCCAGCAGCCCCCCAACGCCGCUGAGCUUCUGCGGGAGGCCCGAUUCCUCGAGGCCUGCGACGGGAACCCCUACGUCGUCGGCUUCGAGGGCCUAGUGCGCGACCCCGACAACGGCGCCUUCGGCCUCGUCAUGGAGUACGUCGGCGCGCCGAGCCUCCACAAGUUCCUGCGGAACAGGCGCAGCGGCCAGCCGCUCCCGGAGUCCGCCGUGCGCGCCAUCAUGUGGAAGCUCCUCACCGGUGCCAGGACGAUGCACGACCGCCACGUCGUCCACCGCGACAUCAAGCCCGGCAACAUCCUUGUCGGCCAAGACGGCGAACUCGUCAAAAUCUGCGACUUUGGGCUGGCGAUCUCCAUGUCCGAGCUGCCGCCGUACAACCAGGCCGGCACGCCGUUCUACGUGGCGCCCGAGGUGCUCCUGGGGAAGCGGGACUACAACGCGCUCGUGGACACGUGGUCUAUCGGCUGCGUCAUGGCCGAGAUGCUCACCGGUAAGACGCUGUUCCUCGGCGAUGAUGAUGACGACGCCAAAGACAAUGAGAUCAUCCAGCUCUGGAGCAUCUUCCGCUUGCUCGGGACGCCAGACGAGAGGACGUGGCCGGGGUUCACCUCUCUGCCGCUCACCGAAAAGACGCUGAAGCUGCUGCCGCGGGGGCACAAGCACAACAAGCUGCGCGAUCUGUUCCCUGAAGAGAAGCUGUCCGAGCAUGGAUUCCAGGUGUUGCAAGGCCUCCUCACGUGCAACCCCGAUAAGCGACUGACGGCGGCCGCCGCGCUCAAGCACCGAUGGUUUGCUGCUCCUCGUCCCUCGGCCGCCGCUCCAAAGGUCGACGCUUUGUCGCUCCCGAAAAAGAAGGCGCCAAGGAUCAAGUUCAUCCCGCCGGCCAUGCCAGAGAAGAAUCUACUCAAAAUUCCACUCGCCGUGUGGAACGCAGCUCAUCGAGUCUAG